AUCGAAUCAUGAAAACUUGUAUAGCAUUUAUUUGUGUCGCCACGUUAGUGGUUUCGAUACACUGACAUCUAACAACGAGUUAAAGAAGCAAAGCUAACCAAUCGACGGCUUCUCAAUUGCAAAAUAAACUGAUGUUCAUUAAGAUCCGCUGUACUAAUGAAGGACAAAAAAAGAGAGUCGAGAAAAUCCACAUCGAAUGCCAAGCUGAUCCAAAAACUCAAGUUGAUGAGGAACUCUUAAAAAGAUACUAUAAAGGAGAACAAUUCGAUAAGUCCCUACUUGGUGCUCACAUGUUUUGUAUGGUAACGAAAUUUGGUGUACUAGAUGAAGAUGGAAAAAUAAUCAAAUCCACCUUGAAGACAACUUUUUCUCGCUUCAUUUCGGAUGAAACUAAGUUGAACGAAGCUAUGGAAAAAUGUGCGGUUGAGAAGAAUGAUCAUAAAGACACCGCUUUGGAUUUAGUAAAGUGCUUUCGUGAAGAAAGUGGCUUGAGUGGACCUAAACACAUUCAUGAUAGGUUCUAAAAAUAUUGCAAAAUAAAUAUAAAAAUUCAA